AUGGACCCAAACCUCGAGCUUUAUAGGAGCAUAUUGCACCUUCCCCCAUGGGAGCGCCGCGAACGCAUGGGACAUCUUCCUCGAUCAGAACUCGACAGGGUCAGGGCAAUCAUCGAAAGGGAGAAUGAUGCUCAGAGACUAGAAAAAUCCAUUGCAGGCCGGGACCUCGUUCAAGUGGCCUUGACUGAUCCUUCCGAGAUUACAAAAGAUACACAGUUGCAGUAUACCCUGCUUGGCCGAACCAUCUACUCUCGUGACGAGGCCAGGAUGGUAAAACGCAUUACCAACAACGCCGCAGAUAGUAGUUCAAGCCUGGUUUAUCAAAUUCGACACUUCGAUCAAUCUGCCAAACACUUCUGUUUGGAUGCCUGGAAGUUAGUCUACUGCGACAUUUACUAUGUCGAUGGAGGUAGCGCUACGUUACAGGAGAUUUACGAAGCACGCCUUCAAGAAGAAGAGCUCCAAACCCCUGCCGCCAGAGCUAGAGAGCUUGUGCGUUGCGAUGACCUUAAUCAGGCUCGGAGAAAUGCCAAAUGGAUGAUUCCUGCUGUCGAACGUCUUUCAGCAGACGAACAAGUACAGCUGGCUCCGGAAGACGAGGAAUUCUAUCAAAGACUCUUGGAACAUUCUGAAGACAAGGAGCACACGGAAAGGUUCUUGAAACAAUAUUUUUACGACAAAAUCCCAGAAAGAAUCUGGAAACAGGUAUCCCCUGCGCCGCCAGCUUGGAUGCAGAAGAUCCUUGAUACUCAAGAACAGUGGGGUUUUAUAUACUACCUAUCCAGGGAAGUCGAUCAGAAGUAUGUCCGUAACUGGAAGUCAACUUGGAAUCGACUUAUGAAUAUCAGUUCGCCACUGCGGGUAACCUGGGGCUCUAUCCAUUGUCAAGGCGGAGACAACCGGAGUGCCUUGGAACGGCUUGAAACUGAGAAUUGGCCUAUUUUUUAUCCUAAUGAGACCAUGGCUGAAGACGAUGACCUCCGAAAACACUUCAAAGAAUACAUUAAGGAGAAUCGAUCUCAGACCCAAGAGGAUGAAAAGAAGAAGAAGAACAAGAAGAAGUACAAGAAGAACAAGAAGGAGAAUGACGAUCUCUUAUCUCCUGGACUUCUACGGAAUACCUUUAUUGUCAUUCCUAUGGAAUUCAUUUUCGGCAAUCGCAGCCGUGAGGAAGGUGACUUUUUUGAUCCUUGCUGGGUUUGGGCAUAUGAUGCAGACUGGGACAGUUCGGAAGAAGAAACGGUCUUCAACGGGGAGAAGUACCAAGGCCGCGUUAAGGUGGCCAAGUGGUCGGUCAACUCAUGGUUCUAUGCUGCUCGCUGGGAGGGAGUGAGUCUUCGGGACAUGUGGCUUAAGGCACAGCAGCACCCGGAAAAGGUGUGGAUUUGUUACACAAAGAGAUUGGAAGAGUGGGAUCAUGAGCCGUAUAUUUAA